AUGGAAGCGCUGCCAAAUACCUCCCAAGCUUCUAUUGCCAAUCCAGAACCCGACACUGCCGGUAGUGAAUCUCGAUUAUCCGCUCCUCCACCAAAGCGGAUCCAACUGACUACAUCCAGAACACGCCGGGUUAAGUGUGACGAGCAAAAGCCUCUUUGCCGCCGAUGCGUCCAAGCGGGCCGGUUAUGCGGUGGCUACAAGGACGAAAGCAAAGUGCCGGUGGCUUUGAAGCCUGCCCUAAGGAUAGGGGUCGCGGCAGACAGCGGGACAGAGAGGCUAACCUACCUCGCUACCCAUGUCCUGUGUCUGGACAACAACGGCCGCCCCGUGCAAGAGGACGGUGCCUGGGGACGUAUAUUUCUCCAGUUAUCGAACCAAGUCGCAUGUGUCAAGGCUGCAGCCGCCGCGUUUGGGGCCGCGUACGAAUCAUUGCUUGACAACGCCAUCGAGCGAAACCCCUGUUCCGCCUGGCGUUACUACGGCUCGGCUCUGACAAAACUCCAGUCGGAUAUCAACAACGGGACUGCCGGGCCGGAGUCGCUAGCUUUGGCAUCCAUGGUCCUAGCCUGCACCGAGAUCCUCAGCCAACACGAAACAAAUGCAUUCGCCCAUUUUCUUGGGGCAGUACAGAUCCUGACCCAGAGCCAACACGGAUGCCAGGGGGCUCCUAGGUCAUCUGCUCACAUUCUCAGCACGGUCAAAGACGAACUAGUCAAAUUUGACGUUUUGAUUGGCAGCUACGCCAUAUCUCAGACACCCGCAUUCAUGUAUCUGGAAUCCAACUGGCAAGGUGCCGCCCCUGGAGAUGAUGUGUUCCACGAGCCGGAGCUUGCCAUCAACUCCGCGAUGCUCUGCCUCCAUCGAUCAUACCGGUUCGUGGAGUCGGCUGCAAAACUGCGGUACACGUAUCCGAGCUGGAAAGAUCAUGAUCCCGUUAUGUGCGAGGGCCAAUCCGAUGCCGUGGCCCAGUGCCGUUCAGUUCUUAAUGGCCUGGGGGCGCUGGCCACGAGGUUGCAAGCCCAGUAUUCUUCCGCUAUAUCCACACUAAGGGAUUCAGAGACACUGGCCGAGAUUUAUGCUCUCCGCACGCAGCUCACGGCAGCUAUAAUUUAUAUUCUCUGCACCCACAGCCCGCUCCAAACGACAUACGAUGAACACCAGCUUCUAUUCCAAAGCAUCGUGAGUGACGCGGCAGCCUCAGCGCGGCUGAGGCGGCGGGCCCAAGCCAGGCGCCCUUCAAGCGCUUCUCAACACGCCCCGGCAUUGUUCAGCUCCCUUCUUCAUCGUCAGCAUGAAGUGCAAGAGAUUCCGCCGCUACGUUGCCCUGGGCAACGAACGUUGCUCAACGAGCAGAGUCGAGAGGGGCCGACCGAUGGACACAUCAUGGCGGCGAUUGGUGCUCGGCUGGCUGCGAUUGAGACAGCGGGCACUGUGCCUUCUCCUCGAGGGGCGCCACAGGCUGCAUGUAACGUCCCCGAGGAUCGGAGGGUCCACGGUUAUGGUGUAUCCCCUCCGAAACUAAAUGGCGAGGGCCAUCGUGUUGUGGAAAUUGAGUUUAGCAGGCCCAAGGUGCCUCUUGUGCAAGGGUGGGGGGACGUUGAUUAUACAGAUCUGGGUAGUUGGGUGUUCUGGUCGGAAACUGUCAACAUAUAA